CCAGCGUCCCCAGCGGGGACCGGGACCGGCCGCACCCCGGGCUCCCGGAACCCCGAGGAGCCCGGCAGAGCCCGACGGACCGGCGGCCGCGAUGCCGGACGAGCUGACGGAGCCCGGGCGCGCCACGCCGGCCCGCGCCUCCUCCUUCCUCAUAGAGAACCUGCUGGCAGCCGAGGCCAAGGGCACUGGGCGCGCGGCCCAGGGCGGCGGCGGCCGCGAGGACGAGGAGGACGACGACGACGACCCUGAGGACGAGGACGCGGAGCAGGCGCGGCGGCGGCGGCGGCUGCAGCGGCGGAGACAGCUGCGCGCGGGCUCCGGGCCGAGCGGGGACGCGCGGGCCCGGGCGCUGCUUGGGCCGGGCGCGCUGGGCCUCGGUCCCCGGCCGCACCCGGGUCCCGGGCCGCCCUACGCUCUGGGCUGCGGAGGCGCCACGCGCUGGUACUCGCGGUCGCAAGGAGGCUACGGAGGCGGCCUCAGCCCUGACACCAGCGACCGGGACUCUCCGGAGACGGGCGAGGAGAUGGGCCGCGCAGAGGGCGCCUGGCCGCGGGGCCCCGGGCCGGGAGCGGUGCAGCGGGAGGCGGCCGAGCUGGCGGUGAGGGGCCCGGCAGCCGGCGCGGAGGAGGCGGCGGAGCUGGCCGAGGCCCGGGCGGCGGCGGCGGCGGCGGCGGCGGCGGAGGCGCGCGGCGGCGGCCGCAAGAAGAAGACGCGCACGGUCUUCUCGCGCAGCCAGGUCUUCCAGCUCGAGUCCACCUUCGACCUGAAGCGCUACCUGAGCAGCGCCGAGCGCGCCGGCCUGGCCGCCUCCCUGCAGCUCACCGAGACGCAGGUCAAGAUCUGGUUCCAGAACCGCCGCAACAAGUGGAAGCGACAGCUGGCGGCCGAGCUGGAGGCGGCCAGCCUGUCCCCGCCGGGCGCGCAGCGCCUGGCCCGCGUGCCGGUGCUCUACCACGAAAGCCCCCCGGCCGCCGCCGGAGCUCCGGCCGCGCUGCCCUUCCCGCUGGCGCCCGCCGCGCCCGCACCGCCCCCGCCGCUGCUCGGCUUCUCCGGGGCCCUCGCCUACCCGCUGGCCGCCUUCCCAGCCGCCGCCUCCGUGCCCUUCCUGCGGGCGCAGAUGCCCGGCCUGGUGUGAGCCCCCGGCCGGCCGGGCCCCCUCCCCGUGGCCAGUGGGGACU